ACAAUGUUAGUUUAUUUCUGUCCCCGUCUCCCCGGCCAUUUUCCCGAAGUCACCUCCAUUCGAUUCAACAAGGCAUUGACUUCAACAAAAUGGCCGCUACCGUACAACUUUGGAGACACUUUAAUAAAUGAAAUGUCCGGUCCCGGGAAGGGAUGAGAGCUGAGAUGGGAGGGAUGAGGCGAAGAGAAUCUCAUGUCAGGCUGGUCAUAGCGAAGAUCUGAAGAGGAUGAUGAGGGAGGACAUGGCGGGGCGGCUUGUCACCCUGAUACUGCUGCCUGUUAUAUGGACGGCAGCCGGCACUAGAGCUUCGGGAACUUUCGACAUCACAAUUGCUAAGUCCCCUGACGGCUUUUCUGCAGUAUGGGAUUGGGAUUACCAUUGUCUGGAGGACGACAUGAAAGUCAACUUUACAGCUUCUUAUAAAAAGGUUGGCGACAGUGAACUUCAGACUUGUGAAAAAACUGAAAGUUGCUCUUGCAAGAUCCCUUCUAACUCACUGGAUGAAAGUCAAAAUUAUACCCUAGUGGUCACUGCUACCACCCCUGAAGGGGAAACCUUGUCAGACUCUAAAGACUUCGACCCCAACCAUAAACUUCCACCUCCACCCGAUGUCAGUGUCGCGUCUGACAACGCGUUGGUGAUAGUACACAUUUCAACUAAAGGUCUUGCGUAUAGUGAAACAUAUAAAUUAAUUCUCAGAAGAAUGAAUGAUUCCACAGAGGAGGAACCUAAAGAAUUGCACAGACGCACUUAUGUAUUUCCACCCCAUGAGCUCGUUCCUGAGCAGACAUAUUGCAUGAAGGUUAAUGUGUAUAACAAACUGACAAUGGAGUCAAGUCUAUUUAGUGAAGAAGAAUGCUUCACAGCUCCCGCCAAAGGUCAACCAAAUAAUCUGACGAUGGAGGCGUUAGACACAAGAAACCUGUUGAAGUGGGAUUGGGACUAUGACCAGUCUCCAAAUGCCACAUUUUCAGUGGAAGAGUGCGAUUAUUGGGCCUCCAAAAAAUGUGAAGAUGCAAAUUGUAGACCAUGAAUUGUACAUUAAUGUGAGCGCGCCUGAAGGAUUCAGAAAUACAGAAAUUAAUUUUUUAUGCAAAUGGCGGACCCACCUAGAAUAUUGGACCAACUCAACUCGCGGUUCUGAGGAUAAAGAGGAGCCAUUUUUCAAGAUAAAGUCUUUAGAACCCUCCACAACGUACUGUGCCAAAGCAAAGAUGCAAUGUGCGGAUAGUAAUAGGAGCAGUCAGUACAGCGAGGUUGAUUGCAUCACGACAGAUCCCAAGUCCUAUUUGGUAGCAUGGAUAACUGUAUUCUCCUUUUUUGGAGUAGUUGUCAUUCCAGUCGUCCUUUACUUCUGCUUCUGCCCUAUGAAACGUUACAUAAAGCAUACAUUCUUCCCAUCUAGGAGACUGCCAUCUAGCAUUGAGAAGGGCUUUGGGGAGUCACCGUUGAAUUGUAUGAAGUAUUCAUUUUUAUUGCAUGAAGAAGAGACCAUGGACCGGUGCUACAUUGUCCAGGACUCCCAUAAUGUGCAACAAAAUAUCAAUGCAAAUUCAUCUAAUGCCACCAGCCAGGAUUCUGGGAACUAUUCAAAUGAGGGUCAAACCACGAGCUCCCACUGAUCCCCAUGUAGCCCUUAGCGACAUAAAACUAUUGCUUUUUCUAUAAAGCUUACAAAACUACUCUGCAGAGUUUUUAGUGUAUUCCUAUGAGAUGCAGCAGCACAUUACUCUUCCCUGAAAUGCAGCCUCACACUGCUUCCCCCCGAGAUGCAGCCUCACACUGCUCCCCCCUGAGAUCCAGCCUCAAACUGCUCCCCCCUGAGAUGCAGCCUCACACUGCUUCCCCCCCCCCCCCCGAGAUGCAGCCUCACACUGCUCCCCCCUGAGAUUCAGCCUCACACUGCUCCUCCUGAGAUGCAGCCUCACACUGCUCCCCCUGAGAUGCAGCCUCACACUGCUCCCCCUGAGAUGCAGCCUCACACUGCUCCCCCUGAGAUGCAGCCUCACACUGCUCCCUCCUGAGAUGCAACCCUACACUGCUCCCCCUGAGAUGCAGCCUGACACUGUUUCCCCGUGAGAUGCAGCCUCACACUGCUUCACCCCUGAGAUGCAGCCUCACACUGCUUCCCCCCUGAGAUGCAGCCUCACACUGCUUCCCCCGAGAUGCAGCCUCACACUGCUUCCCCCCUGAGAUGCAGCCUCACACUGCUCCCUCCUGAGGUUCAGCCUCACACUGCUCCCCUCUGAGAUGCAGCCUCACACUGUUCUCUCUGAGAUGCAGCCUCACACUGCUCCCUCCUGAUAUGCAGCCUCACACUGCUCCCCCUGAGAUGCAGCCUCACACUGCUCCCCCCUGAGAUGCAGCCUCACACUGCUCCCCCCUGAGACGCAGCCUCACACUGCUCCCCUCUGAGAUGCAGCCUCACACUGCUCCCUCCCGCCAUGCAGCCUUACACUGCUUUCCCCUGCUUAUGAUUGAUAGAUUUUUUCCCCAUCAUCUGUCACAAGCUGAUAGCAUGGAAAAGCAGUGAAGCUGCUGGAUAUCAGACAGUACUCUGGACGUUCAGCGCACAGCAUUCACAGUAGGGAUAUAGGUUAAACUGGCCUUUAUUUUUUUUUUUUUUAUCUGGUCAACUAUGCAAGUAUGACACAGUGUAUCUUGCUAGGAGGAAUUUCUUAGGUGAAUCCUCUGGUUCCUAGAAAGUCCUACACAAAGGCCCUGAUUUACUAAGUGUUGUGUAGGUUUCUUUGUGGGUUUUAAUUCCCUACAACUUUUUUUCCAACGGUAUUUACUAAGGUUUCCCUACAUUUAGCACUUUCCCUACAUUUUGCUUUUUUUUUUUUUUUUUUUUUUUUUUACACACCCUCUGAUAUGUAGAGGUUUCCUCAGCUCAAAUCCACCACAUUUUCUGUGGAAACCUUAGUGAAUAUGUUGGGUUUAUUUGAAAAUGUCUGGAACACACCAAUUGUCGGUCACCACGCCCCUUUCCCGACAGCCACGCCCCUUUUUCGGGUUUUCUCAGUAAAAUGGAGAGUUGGUUGGCUUUUUCAUUUCAGGCGCAGACAGAAUUCUGGCGCAAUGAGACAGAAUCUGUCGCACAACCCGAAAAUACAUGUCGGGUUUACAAUAGUAAUUAAGCUGUUCAAAGUGAAUGGAUUCAACUGAGUUGGGAUGGGAAAAAAACUUUACUGCUAGAAUACAGGUUGUGAACUAGCACUGUAUGUCCAAAACAAUUGCUGGAGUGCUUCUUUAUUGUAUACUUGUACAGGUUUCUUUCACUUUUAUGAACAAUAGUGUAGCAUUUGAUUUUGAAUGUGGUGCCACAAUAUCUUUACCAAGAGCCUUGAAAUGUGUAUUUUAUUAUGAUGUAUAUAUUUCCCGCACAUAGGUUUUGUCUUUCUGUGUGAAAAUACAUGGUACUCACCAAAGAUGUGUAAAUAACUUUUAUAGCUUCCAUUUUUUACAUUUACUUUUUUUUAUUAAAGAUUACUGGUGUGA